GACUUCCAUCGUCAAAUAAAAAAAGCCUAGGAUCGCUAUGAAACCGUCUCUCCUACCUUUAGAUGCUGGUCCUAGUGCAGUAUUGGAGAAAAGGCUGCUAGAAUCAAGGAACAAGAGCAAAUAUUUCACUACUUAUGUUCUCCGUAUACCAUUCAGUCAUCGUUCUGUUUCUGUUCCAGUCCCGAGAAUAUUAGAGUUCUUUGAAGAAGAGCCAAACGCUCAGCAUAUGUCCACCCGUUCAAGGCGAUCUGACCGUGUUUUUCAGUCGAAGUUUAGAGUCUUAUUCGUUCUAGUCAUUAUCGCAUUCGCAGCAACAUUUAUCUUCAUCAGCUUUUUACAAAAGGUUGCACAGGACCAUCAGAUUGAAAUCCCUUCACCUUUCCAAGAACCAACCUCAUUACAGUUUUCAAAGGAUGAGCUCAGGCAGAUAUGGUUAGAUGAAAUAAACGCUGGUCACUAUCCAUCCAGCAGGAAAUUGCCUGGCAAGCUUCAAUUUGACGAGUACAUUGAAAAUCCAGCAUUACCACCUUUCCAAUAUUUAGCACCAGUCGUUCAGUCACAGAUUGUUUCACCUUCCGAUACCACGAAUUCUCCUUAUCCGCUCAACGAUACUAUUGUUCCUUUAGGUCCUGAACGCUAUUAUUAUCAUCGUGACAGCCACGGAUCAGCCUACCCACCUCGUCCAAUCCCAUACUCAACCAUAGACUUAGAUGUCGUAAUGGAGCAUUGCGAUUUCUCUACUGACAAAUACGUAAGAGAUUGUCUCGAUAUUCUCUCCGUCGGUGCUGGCUUGGAUGUUGGAAACCAUGUCCACAGAGGUAAACUCAACAAUUGGAUGCAUCAUUACACAACUUCAACACCACCCGAACAAAAUCUCACUGAACUUCCUCAAUUGACAGAUGACAACAAAGCUUGUGAUCCAGAUAAUCCUAGAAUUUUCCACAUGUUUUGGGCUGGUCCUUUCACCGAUAAACCUUAUCUCGCACUUAUGUCAUUCCUUUACACUCAGAAUUUAGGUUUACAUGUUAAAGAAGGUAACAACCAAACUCAACCAGAAGCUUGCAAACCGCAAUUAUGGGUUUGGAUCAACCCUGGUCCUGCAGCUUCAAUUCCAAAUAAGAACGCAGUUAAGAAAAUGUUCGAAUCUUUGACAGCCAACCCUUGGAGUUCACCAUUCUUGCAUGAUCGUUUCCGUGACUCUAUCAAAUUCAAGAUGUGGAAUACGACUGAACAACUUGACGGUGUACCUGAAUUAGCACCUUUCUGGAGAGAUCAUGAGCUUUUCAACUCUGGUGGUGUUCGUUACGGUAGUCCAAAAAAGCAAGAGAAGCCAUCUCAAUCAAAGGAUGAAGCUGCUGAAGAUCAGAGAAUCAGCCGUGAGUCUGAAGAAGAUGAAGCUGCUCAAGCUGCCGCAGAAAAGAUAGAAAAUAAUCAAAAUACUUCAGAAGAUGAACAAACUGAUGUUGAUGAGGAGGAGGAUGAAGAUGAUGACUCUAUGAUGAGCAGAGUUGGAUCAUCAUCUGAUGCAAAUUAUGAUCGCUUAACUGUUGUUCUAUCGGAUAUGGCUAGAUUCAUCUUGACCCAUCGAUUUGGUGGCGUUUAUAUUGACGCUGACACUCUCUUUUUAAGAGAUUGGGAGGAAAUCUGGGGAUGGAAUGGAUCAUUCGCAUACAGAUGGUCUAGAUUAGAAACUUAUAACACGGCCGUGUUCAAAAUGCAUAAGAAUUCUGCCCUUGGUAGUUUCUUAUUCAAGACUGCUUUAGCAAAUGGUUUCGAUUUCCACCCAAUGACUAUCAGCAAAUACACGAAAGAUGCGGAACUUGAUAGUCUACUUUUAAGAUUGCCAGAUGCACUUUUUGAUUCUGCUUGGCUUAACACCGAAGACUUCCAAAUGGAUAGACCACCAUUCCCAUUCUUUAAGGAAUUCAGGUAUCUAUUUGAGGCACCUGUUGAGGAGUCUGCAGCACCAUCCGCAGUUGGAUUUGAUUCAUUUUAUAGAGGUGCAUUUUCUUAUCACUUCCACAAUCAUUGGUGGCUUCCAUUUGAUCCAUCGCGGAAUUUCCCAGAUCUUGGAGAAAGAUUUUCAUCUGGAGAGGAAAUAGCACGUGAUGCUUUGAGAAAAGGUGCGGCUGCAGCUGCAGCACCAGUAAACCCAGGACCAAAGAAUCCAUCUGGAAAGCAGGAUGAAUUGCAUCAUGCCUUUGCAGCCGAUAAAGACAAGACGAUCGAAAUGGAGGAUUCAGUAUCAAAUGAAGAGCAUGAUUUGAGCUGGUCAACGAUAAUAAAACGUACAUUUGAAGCCUACAUUCGAGGUGAGCGCCCGAACAUGUAUGGAGAGUACAUUGCAUGGUAGAAAAGUCAUUAUUCACAUUUGUAGAAGUAUUAAUUUUGUUUAAUUAUUUUGUUAUAU